AUGCCGUUAGUGCCCAUCGAAAAACCUUCUGCCAGGUUUCAUGUGCAGCUGUCCGGCAGCAGCAUGUGUGGCGGCGGUGUGGUGUCCCCCUGUACUGGCUGUUGUAAUACUUCCGAUAAGACACAGUUUGUUGCUCCCUCUUCGAUCACGGGGGCAGUUGUAUCGCUUGGUGUGACGUCGGAGGAUGCGUGUGGGAAUAAUUCUUGUCAGCCACGACGUUACGGGGGCGCUAUUGUGCGAUUGAGCGAGUUGCAGAGGUUGGGUGGUGUGUUGUUGCCUACUGCAUUGUCUUCUGCGGGGCCCUUGGUUGAGGGAGAUAGUGCACAGCGGAGACCUUCAUCAGAUAUGCUGUCGCGUGCAAUGGGUUUGGCGGACCCCGAUGAGGUGGAGAGGCGUACUUUGCACAGUGAUGUUCGGAUGACUAGAACCUCAAGAGCGAGGGAUGUGAGUAGUAGGAAUGGGAAAAGGUGCAUGUCUUUUUCCCAUGGGGAGCAGACGAGCCGUAGCAGCAGUAAAAAAACCGUAGGUGCAAUGCGCAGUAAACUAGAGCGAGUACGAGGAAAGAACAACAGUUUGCAGCUAAAACCUAAUGGAGAGCCGUAUGAGCACCGAUGGUCCACGGUGAAUGGCCGUCGUCAGCUGCACUACGGCGGUCAUACAUACACGGGUAGAGCCGCCCACCAGCUUUGGGGAAAAAUAAAGGCUGCACUCUCAUCAAAGGGUUUGUCGUCUUCAAAGGUGCCUUCUAGGGCGAGAAGCAUAAAGAGGCAAAAUCCCAACGGAAAGAAACGCGCACGUACAGGGGAAAUACUAGCACCUGAUGCUAUUCCACCUGUUCCUAUUGUGACCAGUCAUUUGCCGUUACAGCACGUGAGGCCGAUAUAUACACCUCCAACUUACGUCUCUACAACACGCACCAGACUACUGCUUGAUGACGAGGGGGAGUCAGAGCCGAAAGGAGAUGCGGGUGCUGAUGUGGUGCUUGCUUCUAGGAUAAAAAGCAGGUCGGUGAAUAGCUCGGAUACUUCGAUAACCUCGAGUUUAGCCUCCAUGGAGGUGGACGGGGACAGACUGACCAGCAGCGUGAGUAGCCUCAGCAGCGUGAGUAGCUUCAGCAGUGCGAGCUUAUCUGACGCAGGUGAUGGAUGUAAUCACGAUAGUAAUGUUACAAUGGGAUGCGUGAAGAGCCAAGACGUUGGCUCUGCAACGACAAGGAGGCCGCCUGUGCUGGUAGAGCAUGAAGGCUGGGUCUACCCGGCAGAGUUGCUGCCGGUAUUGUGUAAGAAGCAAGAUGCUGGCACUUCGCUUGCGCGGAAAGUGGUUGAGAAUGCUGGAACUUUGGGGACCGACUCUGCGGGAACAGGCAACGCCAAAAACGCUGGUAGCUUGGCACAAAAGAGCCACGAGGUAGAAAGUAAUCCGAAAGCACGGGGCCUGACUGUCCUAGGUUGGGAUGGCGUUGGAGAUGCCCCCUUGGCGCUUUACCGUCAUCGAAAUGACGCCACCAGGACCCCCAAUUUGCCGAAUUCCCUACGGUACGAGGAAAUGGAUGUGCUGGAUGACUUUUUGGAUGUGGAUGCGGCGGAUUUGUUUGUGGCUGGUGAUGAAAUUGGAGGUAUGCGGUUUGCCCCAUAA